AUGCCUCGAAUCGAUGUUGAAAAGGCAAUUGAGGAGCUCACGCUCGGCGAGAAAGUCGCUCUCACAGCCGGUAAGGAUUUCUGGCACACAGCCUCCAUCCCACGUCUGAACAUCCCUGCACUGCGCAUGUCCGAUGGUCCAAAUGGCGUCCGUGGCACACGCUUCUUCAACGGCAUCCCAGCAGCCUGUUUCCCCUGCGCAACAGCACUAGGUGCCACAUGGGAUGCAGAACUCCUUUCCCAAGUUGGUAGCUUGAUGGGUGAAGAGGCGAUCGCAAAAGGUACACAUGUCGUCCUCGGCCCAACGAUUAACGUUCAGCGGUCGCCGCUGGGCGGACGUGGCUUUGAAUCCUUUUCUGAAGACGGCGUGCUGUCUGGUACGCUGGCCGGACAUUUCUGCAAGGCCAUGCAAGACAAGGGCGUUGCUGCAACUCUGAAGCACUUCGUUUGCAAUGACCAGGAGCACGAGCGGAUGGCUGUUAGUAGCAUUCUCACGAACAGAGCGUUGCGUGAGAUCUACUUGAUGCCGUUCCAGUUGGCUAUGCGAAUUUGUCGUACGCAGUGUGUCAUGACAGCUUAUAAUAAGAUUAAUGGGACUCAUGUCAGUGAGAACAAGGCUAUAAUUGAUGAUAUCUUGCGCAAGGAGUGGGGUUGGGAAGGUGUUAUUAUGAGUGACUGGUUUGGAACUUACAGUACCUCCGAUGCUAUCAUCGCCGGCCUUGAUAUUGAAAUGCCGGGCAAGACCCGUUGGAGAGGAGAGGCUCUUGCACAUGCUGUCUCGUCGAACAAGGUUGCACAGUACCAACUCGACGAGCGAGUACGCAACGUCCUUAACCUCGUCAACUGGGUUGAACCUCUUGGUAUCCCAGAGGACGCACCUGAGAAGGCACUCAACAGACCAGAGGAUCAAGCUCUGAUGCGUCGCGCUGCUGCUGAAUCUGUUGUUCUGAUGAAGAAUGAAGGUGAUAUUCUUCCUCUCAAGAAGGACGGAUCAUUGUUGGUUAUUGGACCCAAUGCUAAACUCUCGGCUUACUGUGGUGGUGGUUCGGCGUCAUUGGCUCCUUACUACACAGUGUCUCCCUUGCAAGGUGUAUCUGCCAAGAGCAAAGGAGAUGUCAAGUUCAGCCAGGGUGUUUAUUCGCACAAGGAGCUACCACUUUUGGGUCCGCUACUGAAGACUGCUGAUGGCAAGCCUGGAUUCACUUUCAAGGUCUAUAAUGGACAUCCCGAGUCUGGUGCAGACCGUGAGGUCGUGGACGAGUUGCAUUUGCUUGAAUCAUCUGGCUUCUUGAUGGACUACGUUAACCCCAAGAUCAAAUCCAUGACAUACUACGUCGACAUGGAAGGAUCAUUCACCCCCGAGGAGAGUGGUGUUUACGACUUUGGUGUCACAGUCGUUGGAACAGGACGCCUCUUCAUUGAUGACGAUGUAGUCGUCGACAACACCAAAAACCAAAAGCAGGGCUCCGCCUUCUUCGGCACCGCCACAAUCGAAGAGCGCGGUACUAAAGAGCUCAACGCCGGUCAGACAUACAAAGUCGUCUUCCAAUUCGGUAGCGCACCAACCUCAGACCUGGAUACCCGUGGAAUCGUUGCCUUCGGUCCAGGCGGCUUCCGCUUCGGCGCCAGCAAGCAAGACAGCCAAGAAGAGCUGAUCGCCAAGGCAGUCGAGCAGGCCAAAUCCGCAGAGCAAGUCGUCAUCUUUGCCGGACUGACUCUCGAAUGGGAGACUGAAGGCCAUGACCGCGAGCACAUGGACCUGCCCCCAGGCAGCGAUGAGCUUAUCAGCCGUGUGCUGGAGGUCAACCCUAACGCAGUCGUCGUUCUUCAGUCCGGUACCCCAGUCACUAUGCCAUGGGAAUCCAAAGCCAAGGCUCUGGUACAGGCAUGGUUUGGCGGUAACGAAUGUGGAAAUGGCAUAGCCGAUGUCCUCUACGGCGACGUCAACCCCUCCGCCAAACUGCCCAUCACCUUCCCUCGUCGCCUGCAAGAUAACCCCUCAUACCUGAACUUCCGUUCCGAGCGCGGCCGCGUUCUCUACGGUGAAGACAUCUACGUCGGUUACCGGUACUUCGAGAAGAGCGAUGUGACGCCUGGCUUCAGUUUCGGUCACGGAUUGUCAUACACAACCUUCUCGCGCUCUGAUCUGCGCAUCGAGACUGUUCCCGAGCAGUCUAAAUACGCCGAGUCCGGUGAGCCGGUCACUGCUUCCGUCACUGUAUCCAACACUGGCUCUGUGGCUGGUGCGGAAGUUGUCCAGCUGUGGAUUGUGCCUCCCAAGACGGAUGUUGGACGCCCUGUACGCGAGCUGAAGGCGUUCCAGAAGGUUUUCUUGCAGCCUGGUGAGACUAAGACUGUGCAGUUGGUUGUGGAGAAGAAGUUGGCGACGAGUUGGUGGGAUGAGGAGCGUGAGCAGUGGAUCUCUGAGAAGGGGAAGUAUCAGGUUCUUGUCACUGGUACUGGUGCAGAGGAGCUGCUUGGUGAAUUCGAGGUUGGGAAGACAAGAUUCUGGCUCGGUCUGUAG